AUGGAUCGCGCGCGCGAUCACGGCUUGGAAGAUGAUCCGUCGUCCUGGGCGAAUCUGGGCCAGGGCGCUCCCGACGCAGACGACGACAUCGACGGCAGCUUCACUCGACCGAGUUCGGUCUCCAUCAGCUCGUCGGGGAGAGAAUACGGGCCGACGGCGGGUAUAAAGCCGCUGCGCGAGGCGGUGGCGAAGCUGUACAAUUCGCUGCAUAGGCAGGGCAAGCAGGAGUAUACGUGGGAGAAUGUGUGUAUUGUGCCUGGUGGGAGGGCAGGUUUGAUUCGGAUCGCGGCUGUGUUGGGGACUGCGUAUCUGGCGUUUCCUAUUCCGGAUUAUUCGGCGUAUUCUGAGAUGGUGUCGCUGUUCAAGAAUAUCCAUGCAGAUAAAAUUGCAGAGGAGAUUUCCCGAGGCACCUCUGCUAUAUUGACCUCGAACCCUCGAAAUCCCACCGGACAUGUCAUCCCUCAAUCUGAAAUGGCGAAAAUCCAGGAUAUCUGUCGCGGGAGAGCUACCCUGAUUCUGGACGAAUUCUAUUCCGGGUACAACUAUACAACUGACUGCGACGGAAAUACCUCUAGCGCCGCUCAAAAUGUUGUCAAUGUUAAUGAAGACGAUGUCCUCCUCCUUGAUGGGUUAACAAAGUGCUUCCGUCUCCCUGGCUGGCGAAUUGCCUGGGUUGUCGGACCAAAGGCAUUUAUCUCCGCAUUGUCUGCAUCCGGGUCCUACCUUGAUGGUGGCGCAAAUGUUCCAUUCCAAGAAGCAGCCGUUUCCAUGUUGGAGCCGACGCUUGUCCGAGCAGAAAUGAAAGCCCUCCAAACCCAUUUUCGCAAGAAACGAGACUACGUCCUCGACAGACUCAGGAAUAUUGGGUUUCAAAUUAGGGUAGUCCCGGAAGCAACAUUUUAUAUAUGGCUCGACUUGACCAGUCUUGCUCCACCUCUUCCCGAGUCGGCGAAAAUCUCAGACGGCCUAAAUUUUUUCAAUGCAUUGCUGAAAGAGAAGGUGAUCGUUGUGCCAGGGAUAUUUUUCGACCUGAAUCCUGCGAAGAGGAGAGAUUUGUUUGACAGUCCGUGCCAUCAUUUUGUGCGGGUGAGCUAUGGGCCAAAGAUGAGUGUGUUGGAAAAGGGGUUGGAUGGCAUCGAGAGAGUAAUCAAGCGGGCGAGAGCAGGAGAUCUUGCUUCGUGA